ACCCACAAACUUUACGCGCUGCUUUUAUUAAUUAUUUUUGCGGGGGUUAACACUUUUACCACCGUUUAUUUACAUAUUGUUUUCAUUUGGAGAAACUUAGCAAAGUUGAUCAUGAAGUUUGCGAGAGAUGAAGCGAAGCUGCGGCUCAGUUUUUGACUCGCAUCUCUUUUUUCCGACACUAUAAUUUUAAAAACAAAGGAAGGCGUGAGAGGUUUUGAGCGUCGACUUUGCACGUUUGAAGGACUUUAAACAAGACAUAAAAAACGGCACGUUUUAAACAAACAAACAAACAAAAAAAAGUAUCUAAAAACGGGAUUUUGUCAUGUUUAUAUGAACGUUUCCCACCCCCCCAUAAUCCGAAUUGGUUUUGUUCGGACGAGGGGAGACUUUGAUGGAGUUUUUAUGUGGGACCCGCUAGGAUGGACGUGGUAGAUGAAACAGAAGCGUUACAGAGGUUUUUUGAAGGACACUUCCUGAAUCCCCACCAGACUCCAGCUCAGAGCCGUAUUCUCCUCAACAGGUGAAUGACCCUCACAUGAUCAGGACCAUGACACCAGAAAAUAUGUGUCACAUGGCUCCAACGCCGCCCCUCCCACCUCAUGGGCACUAUCCCAGCAUGCAUCGAGACAUGUACCUGAAGCCUGAGCCCAUGAUAUCCCAGUAUCCUAUUGGACCAGUUGCUAGUGGAAACGGAGAUGUGCAGCAGACACAGAUGCUCCAUCAGCUGCUGCAGCAUCCUCAGGGACAAGACAGCAUCCCUGUUCAUCAGGCGAAGAAGAGGAAGCACUCCGACUCUCCCAACAGCACCUUGAAUUCCCAAAUCCUCACAGGUAUCAUCAAACAAGAACCAGGUUUAAUGCAGGAUGCAGACAACACCUACCUGGACCCGAACUAUCAGUGCAUUAAGUGGCAACCUCAUCAACAGAACAAGUGGACAUCGCUUUAUGAUGUCAACUACAAAGAGCUUCCAAUGCCAACCUACCGUGUGGACGCUGACAAAGGCUUCAACUUCUCCUUGGCCGAUGAUGCRUUCGUCUGCCAAAAGAAGAACCACUUCCAGGUCACAGUCUACAUCGGAAUGCUCGGAGAUCCAAAGUACAUCAAGACAAACGAAGGCCUGCAGCCCAUCGACUGCUUCUACCUCAAACUUCACGGAGUAAAGGUGGAAGCCAUGAAUCAGUCCAUCAGUGUGGAGCAGUCACAGUCUGACCGCAGCAAGAGGCCCUUCAAGCCAGUUCUUGUCACGCUGCCACCAGAGCAGGUAACGAAAGUCACAGUGGGGCGGCUCCACUUCAGCGAGACCACAGCAAAUAACAUGAGGAAGAAGGGCAAACCAAAUCCAGACCAGAGGUAUUUCAUGCUGGUGGUGGCGCUGCACGCACAGUCCCACAGUCAGAGCUUCACUGUGGCUGCUCAUGUGUCGGAGAGGAUCAUCGUCAGGGCAUCCAACCCAGGCCAGUUUGAAAGUGACAACGAGGUGCUGUGGCAGCGUGGGCAGCUGCCGGACUCUGUGUACCAUCAUGGUAGAGUCGGAAUCAACACCGACCGCCCCGAUGAGGCCCUCGUCGUUCAUGGCAACCUGAAGGUCAUGGGCUCCCUGGUCCACCCGUCUGACAUUAGGGCAAAAGAAAACGUUCAGGAGGUCGACACCACAGACAAUUUAAAGCGAAUCUCUCAGAUGAGGCUGGUUCAGUAUCAGUACAAGCCUGAGUUUGCUGCCACUGUAGGCAUAGAGAACACUGCAGAGACAGGUGUGAUUGCUCAGGAAGUUCAACAAAUCUUGCCCGAAGCAGUGAAAGAAGGGGGUGAUGUUGUGUGUGCCAAUGGAGAUACGAUUCCCAACCUCUUGGUCGUCAAUAAGGAGCGCAUCUUCAUGGAGAAUGUGGGAGCUGUGAAGGAGCUCUGCAAGCUGACGGACAACCUGGAGACUCGUAUAGACGAGCUGGAGCGCUGGAGCCGCAAACUGGCCAAGCUGCGUCGCCUCGACAGCAUGAAGAGCACCGUGAGUGGCGGCACGGUGAGCCAGUCAGGAAGCUAUUUCAGCAGAACAGGAAGUGGCCCGCUGAAGAAAAAGCCAGUCAAAUCUGGGAGCAAGAGCUCACCUCUGGAUCAUGGCUGCAUCAGUCAGAGGUUCAUGCAGGGGACCAUCCUGGCUCUGGUCAUUGUUAUGGCCUUCAGCGUCAUUUCGAUGUCAGUGCUGUACAUGCUCACGCUUCACCAYAGAGGCGACGUCACAGAAAAAGAUGGCUAUGUUCCUUCCUGUGUUCUCUACAUCUCUUGGAUGCCCAUCUUCACUGCUACUGUAACUGUCUGUCCACCUGUCUGCAAAUGGUCAAGAGCUGCAUUGGGAUUGUCUCGCAAGAAUCCAUUCACUCCGCUCCCUAACACACCUACACCAGCUUGCUGUUCGACCACAGCUAUAAACAACCAAUCAGCAACUACCCUGACACUGAACAACAGCCAAACAACAUCUGGUUUAAGCAGCCUGGUUCCCACACCAGGCACCAUCAACAAGAAGGCCAAGUCCAGACCCAUGGACAAGGACGGCCACAACAGAAACCGCCUYAGUCACACCUCUGCACCCAUGUACUUUGCCAAGUCCAAGAAACCUGUCUCAGCUGACCCAGAAGGAGCCGGAACCACCAACCGUCUGCCUCAGCAGCCUGUUCCACGCAGACAACGCRGCCUACAUGCAAGAGGAACAACUGCUCCUUCUCUCUCAAGUGUUCGAAUUGUGGAGACAAACCAAGAAAUUACUGCACAACGUUGUGCAACAGCAGAGACCUGCAGGGAGAAGUGACUUGUGCCACAAAAGGAAAACUGUCUCCGUACGCCGACGUCCAUUUUGUUUUUCAGAGCAGCUGUGUGUGAGGAGGAAGAUGGUUCCCAGCUUCUUCAUUCUUCAUUGUAUAUUUUUCCCCAGAUGUCUUGUAUAGUGUUGUGAUGGAAUGAGUUUUGUUUUUGUCUCAUUAUUGUUCAUUAUUUUAAUUUUUUAAGAGGAAAUUUAUACACUGUCCGGAUGUAUUUUGCAGUAGGACAUCUCUCUUUCUUGUCAUCACUGGAUUAUAAAACCCUGAAAUUUGAGAUAUUGCUGACUGUAACAGUGAUGUCCACAAAUCUCUAGUUGCCUUUAUUGAUCACUGUGUCUUUCAACUGUAAUGUAAGCCAUUAUUACUUUCUAGGUUAAGGUAUUGUUGGUGUUGACUGCAAACUUUUAUUUUAAAUUGUAAUACUAUUAUUCUGAAUACCCAUGAAACCACUGUGUACAACAAUACUUAUUAUAGUUUCAUACACCGUGAAGAGAUUACUGGCUUCUGCCAAAUAUUUUUAAUAAUAAAUAUACCUCAGUAGUACACACUGGCAAACCCUGCAGCAUCAUCAUGCAACUUAAAUUAGAAUUAAAACACUGAAUGGUACAUUUUUAUAAAUUUAUACACAUAAAUUGCUCCUCGUGUGAAGGAUUACUGGGAAAGUAGGCACUCCUGACUCAAACCGAAUUAGUAGAAUCACUGGAAAACGUGUUAUAGGAGUAGUUCAGACUAUUUAAAAUGGGGUUAUAAACAAUUAAUAUCUCACCUGUUGUAUAUAACGCUUUUAACAUCCUCAAUUUUGGAUAAAUAUUUAGAUUUUUCUUAAUAAAUGCAAAGAGGUUCAUGCAAAUGCUAAUGCUAUUUUAGAAUCCUUUGYACCACUUUGAAUUAUACAGUUAAUACAACAGAAAUACUAAGAUAUUUUUCAGGAAGUGCUACAGCUAACUGUAAAAUUUCAUGUAAAGGUUUAAAAAUUUGUUUACAUGAACUUUAAUGAGAUGUUUGAAAUUUGAGUUGCUCUUUAAAACAGUAAUCCACUUUUUGUAUAACCUUACAACAGGUACGAUAUUAAUUGCUCAUCAUCUUUCCUCAGAGCCCAUUUCAAAAGACACAGUAUGAACGGUCCCUUUAAGACUGGAUAAGUAAACAGGGACUAAAUGUGUUGAUACACUGACCUCUCUUAGUGAAAAGUCUGACACUGACAAUAUUUCAAGAAACACUGGAAUAGCUUACAUUGUGUUUUGUUAACUGGAAAAAUGCUGGUUUUUCAUGAAAUGGCAUCAUUUCAGGUGCUUGCCCAAUCAUUUCUUUAAAAUAAUACAUUACAGCUUUGAAGGAAGAUUUGUUUUUGAUUUAUUUUGAAGGUCUGCAUCACAAAGCUGUGAGGAAGGUAAAAAAAAAACUAAUCUAAACAAGAAAAUGUUACACUGGAUUUACAGUAUUUGUUCAUAUAUUUUUCUUGACAUAUUUUAUCUUUUUUGUGCCUAUAGGACUAAGACUAUGCAAUGAUAACACUUUGAAUAUAACUGAAAUGUAUGUUUUCUUUUUGUAUUAUGUGUUUUUGCUCCAGAGGCAUUCUCUAAUAUCACACAAUAUGCACAAAUGGUAAUAAAUCUGUAUUCCGUGUG